CCCAGUGUGCAAUGGUCAUUUUCAACCUGAGCAGUUAUAACCCAGGACCCUUCAUCCUAGUGGGCAUCCCAGGCCUGGAGAAAUUCCAUAUGUGGAUUGGGAUUCCUUUCUGUGCCAUCUACUUUGUGGCUGUGGCUGGAAACUGCAUCCUUCUCUACCUCAUUGCAGUGGAGCGCAGCCUUCAUGAACCUAUGUUCUUCUUUCUCUCCAUGCUAGCCAUGACUGACUUAAUCUUGUCCACAGCUGCUGUGCCUAAAGCACUCAGUAUCUUUUGGCUUGGGGCUCAUGAAAUUACCUUCCCAGGAUGCCUUACACAAAUGUUCUUCCAUCACUACAGCUUUGUCCUGGAUUCAGCCAUCUUGAUGGCCAUGGCGUUUGACCGCUAUGUGGCCAUCUGCUCCCCCUUGAGGUACACCACCAUCUUGACCUCAAAGACCAUCUUGAAAAUUGUUGUAGGCAUCUCUUUCAGAAGCUUCUGCAUCAUUUUGCCAGUUGUGUUCUUGCUAACACGCCUACCUUUCUGCCAGACACGCAUCCUUCCCCACACAUACUGUAAGCAUAUAGGUGUUGCUCGGCUUGCCUGUGCUGAUAUCUCCAUCAACAUCUGGUAUGGCUUUUGUGUUCCUAUCAUGACAGUCAUCUCAGAUGUAAUUCUAAUUGGCGUCUCCUACACCCUCAUCCUCUGUGCUGUCUUUCGUCUCCCCUCUCGAGAUGCCCGCCAGAAGGCCCUUGGCACUUGUGGUUCUCAUGUCUGUGUCAUCCUCAUGUUUUAUACACCUGCCUUCUUCUCCAUCCUUGCCCAUCGCUUUGGACACAAUGUCUCCCGCACAUUCCACAUCACGUUUGCCAAUCUCUACAUUGUUAUUCCACCUGCCCUCAAUCCUAUUGUUUAUGGGGUAAAGACCAAGCAGAUCAGAGAUAAGGUCAUACUCCUCUUUUCUACCAAGGCUACAGAAUGA